AUGGAUCCCCUGCUCACCGAGUUCAGCAGGGGCUUCUCGACCGCUCUCGCCGUUCGCUUCUCGGCUGUCCCCUGUCCAGAGUGCGCCUGCCAUUGCGCGCCUGUGCUCUCCUGCGCCGAGGGCGCCGUGCCGCGGGAGCUGGGGGCGAGCAGGUGGCCCUCGCUGGGGGCUUGCCUCGCCCUGCUCGGGCUCGACACAGCCCUGGGUGCCGCUGCGGUGCUGAGCGUGCAGCGGUGGCUGGCGCCCGCCCCCUCGGCCUCGCAUGUGCCGUCGAGCCCCGCGCCCGUCCUGACGGACUUGUCCCAGGAGGCGCGGGCGCAGCGGGCGGAGCUCGAGACGGCGGGCCUCGCCGAGGGCGGCUUCAUUGCCGUCCGCUAUCGAGUGCGUGGCCGUCGGCCCUGGCACCGCAGGCUAGUGACUGCACUGGUGCCGGGAGGCGUCUCCGUCAUCGGGUUCCUCACUCCCGACUAUGACGAGGACCUCGCCGACAUCGCGAACAUCGCAGAGUGGACGGUGCUGCCGCGCGGCACGCUCGGGGCCCCGGCCGUCGCGAUGGCGCUCCACGAGGUCUACGUUUUCCAGCACCUCCCACUGCCUGCCGCGGUGGACGCGGCCCGUGCUGCCGCCUACGCGAGGGCGGGCGCGAUGCCCGUGGGGCCAAUCGUGGUCGACCUCGCGGGCCGUGCGGGGGCUGGCGUCCCAGUGGGCGCGGCGGCCGCCGUCGCCCCCGCUCGCUCCUGCCGCCUGGUAGCUGCGCUGCCCUCGGAGGUGUUCCUGGCGGCCCCGCAGCGGCAGCGCCUUUGCCUGCGGCCCUGGCGCCUGCGGCCGCGCCCGUCGCCCCGGGUGCCGGCGCUGGCCUUCCCGCGGCUGCGCCAGGCGCCGCGGCUGCUCCCGUGGACGCUCCCGCGGCGCGCCCUGGCGGCUGGGCCUGGCAUGGGCUCCCGGGGCUUCGGCGCGGCGGUGGGCGCGCGCGGGAUCCGCCACAUGGCAUGGGAUUCCACGUGGCUGUCAGGCGAAGCUGCCCUGGCCAGACUGGCCCGCGCGGGGACCGCGCACGUUGCGCUGGGUCGCCGAGCUAAUGCCCAGCAGAGCGGCACGCCGACGGCGCAUCACCAGAGGUGGCUGGCGGAGACGGGUCUCGACCCCAGCGAAUCGGGCGUCGAGAUCCACCGGACCUCUCGUCGCAUCCUCAAGACGGCCCUCACCUACGACCAGGUGUGCGCCACCAACCUCGCUCACCUGCUAGGAUGA